AUGGCGGGGAACGAGUGGAUAAAUGGGUACUUGGAGGCGAUAUUGGACACGGGCUCGGGGGCCACGGCCAUCGAGGAACACAAGCCGGUGUCGUUGAAUUUGAGAGAAACGGGGCAUCAUUUUAACCCGACUAAGUAUUUUGUGGAGGAGGUGGUUACCGGAGUCGAUGAGACUGAUCUUCACCGGACUUGGCUCAAGGUUGUUGCCACCCGCAACACACGUGAGCGAAGUUCCAGGCUUGAGAACAUGUGCUGGCGCAUUUGGCACCUCACCCGCAAGAAGAAGCAGCUGGAGUGGGAGGAAGGACAGCGGUUGGCUCAUCGGAGAUGGGAGCGGGAACAAGGACGGCGGGAUGUGACUGAAGACAUAGAAGACCUAUCAGAAGGAGAAAAAGGAGAUGCUUUGGGAGAGUUGGUGCAGCCUGAGACCCCAAGGAAAAGGUUCCAGCGAAACUUGUCUAACUUGGAAGUAUGGUCUGAUGAUAAGAAGGAAAAGAAACUCUACAUUGUCCUUAUCAGUUUGCAUGGUUUGAUCCGGGGAGAAAACAUGGAGCUUGGUAGAGAUUCCGACACUGGUGGACAGGUGAAAUAUGUCGUGGAGCUUUCUCGGGCACUUGCAAGGAUGCCUGGCGUGUACAGGGUAGAUCUUUUUACACGCCAAGUCGCUUCGCCUGAAGUUGAUUGGAGUUACGGUGAGCCUACAGAAAUGCUGAGUACUAUGUGUUCUGAACAUGAUGAUGGAAAUGGAAAUGAAAUGGGAGAGAGCAGCGGAGCAUAUAUUAUAAGGAUCCCCUUUGGUCCGCGGGAUAAGUAUCUUCGGAAAGAAUUGCUCUGGCCGUUUAUUCAAGAAUUUGUAGAUGGAGCUCUAGCUCACAUUCUUAAUAUGUCAAAGGUUUUAGGUGAACAAAUUGGUGGGGACCGGCCCGUCUGGCCAUAUGUCAUACAUGGCCAUUACGCGGAUGCAGGGGAUAGUGCUGCUCUUCUCUCGGGUGCUUUGAAUGUCCCAAUGGUUCUCACUGGACAUUCACUUGGAAGAAACAAGCUUGAGCAGCUUCUUAAGCAGGGACGGCAGUCAAAGGAAGAUAUCAAUUCGACAUAUAAGAUUAUGAGAAGGAUAGAAGCUGAAGAGCUUUCCCUUGAUGCUGCAGAACUUGUUAUCACAAGCACCAAACAGGAGAUUGAAGAGCAAUGGGGACUUUAUGAUGGGUUUGAUGUGAAGCUUGAGAAAGUUUUACGUGCUCGUGCUAGACGUGGCGUCAAUUGCCAUGGCCGAUACAUGCCAAGGAUGGUGGUUAUUCCUCCUGGCAUGGACUUCAGCAGUGUUGUUGAGGUGCAAGAAGAUGCCCCUGAGGUUGAUGGGGACCUCGCCGCAAUUACAGGUGGUACUGAUGGGUCUUCUCCAAAGGCAAUUCCAGCAAUAUGGGCUGACGUAAUGCGGUUCCUUGCAAAUCCCCACAAGCCAAUUAUCUUGGCUUUAUCAAGGCCUGACCCAAAGAAGAACAUAACAACACUUUUGAGGGCCUUUGGAGAAUGUCGUUCCUUAAGAGAGCUUGCUAAUCUUGUACUGAUAAUGGGGAACAGGGAUGAUAUAGAAGAGAUGACUGGUGGAAAUGCUAGUGUGCUUACAACAGUAUUGAAAAUGAUUGAUAAGUAUGAUCUCUAUGGUCAAGUUGCCUACCCAAAGCAUCACAAGCAAAACGAUGUUCCAGACAUAUACCGGCUUGCAGCGAAAACAAAGGGAGUCUUCAUAAAUCCUGCAUUGGUAGAACCAUUUGGGCUCACUUUGAUUGAGGCAGCAGCGCACGGGCUUCCGAUGGUGGCUACUAAAAAUGGAGGACCAGUUGACAUUCAUCGGGCACUGAACAACGGUCUGCUGGUGGAUCCUCACAAUAAAGAAGCCAUUGCAGAUGCGCUGCUUACGUUGGUAUCAGAUAGGAAUUUAUGGCAUGAAUGUCGAAAGAAUGGUUGGAAGAACAUACCUCUUUACUCGUGGCCUGAGCAUUGCCGCACUUACUUGACUAGAGUGGCUGCUUGCCGAAUAAGGCACCCACAGUGGCAAACUGAUACUCCGCUGGAUGAGAUUUCUCAAGAAGAGUCAUCUCUUAAUGACUCACUUAAGGAUGUGCAGGAUAUGUCACUUAGGCUCUCUGUUGAUGGAGAAAAAUCAUUACUAAAUGGAUCUCUCGACUAUACGGCUCCAGCUUCUGCUGACCCUGUCCAAGAUCAAGUGAAACACGUUCUAAGCAAGAUCAAGAAACCAGAAUCUGAUUCAACAGAUAAUAAAGAAGUUGGGAAGAAAACACUUGACAAUGUGGCGAGCAAGUAUCCCAUGUUGAGGCGGCGACGCAGAUUAAUUGUUAUUGCACUUGACUGCUAUGACAGCAAAGGGGCUCCUGAAAAGAAAAUGGCUCAGAUAGUGCAAGAUAUGUUUAAAGCUAUGCGGUCUGACAGUCAAAUUGCAAAAGUCUCAGGAUUUGCUAUAUCAACAGCAAUGGGAGUGUCAGAGACAACGGAGUUCUUGAAGUCAGCAAAGAUUCAAGUAAAUGAAUUUGAUGCUUUGAUUUGCAGUAGUGGAGGUGAAGUAUAUUACCCAGGCGCUUAUACAGAAGAUGGAAAACUUAUUCCGGAUCCAGACUAUGCAUAUCAUAUUGACUACCGUUGGGGUGUUGAUGGCCUAAAGAAAACUAUUUGGAAGCUGAUGAAUACACCUGAAGGUGGACCCGAAUCCAAUAAAUCUUCCGGCGUCAUCGAGGCAGAUGACAAAUCAAGCAAUGCAAAUUGUAUUUCCUUCUUGAUAAAAGAUGCUAGUAAGGUAAGACGCGUUGAUGAUUUGAGGCAGAAACUUAGGAUGCGAGGUCUCCGGUGCCAUCUAAUGUAUUGCAGGAACUCUACGAGAAUUCAAAUUGUACCUCUCCUUGCCUCUCGAUCACAGGCACUCAGGUAUCUUUUCGUCCGUUGGAGAUUGAAUGUCACGAAUAUGUUUGUGGUUCUUGGUGAAAGCGGUGACACUGAUUAUGAGGAGUUGAUUUCCGGAGCUCAUAAAACAUUGAUCAUGAAAGGCGUGGUGGAAAAAGGUUCUGGUGAAUUACUGAGAACAGCAGACCUAAGAGAUGACAUUGUUCCGAAGGAGAGUCCCCUGAUCGGAUUCGUAAACGCCAAUGCGAAGGUGGCUGAAAUCGCGAAUGCAUUGAAACAACUGUCGAAAGCUAGUGUAGGAAUGUGA